AUGAACACUACGGUGAGACAGCGUCAAGUAUGUGCUACAAACGGCACGAACGAUGCGAGCAGCACUGGUGCUGAACCGAAAGUCGCAACGAAAAGUUCGGGAUCAAAAGAAACACGGCAAAAGCUACGCAAAUCGAACAAAAAAGCGGUUUCGAAAGUCGAUCGUUAUUCGAUGAUUCUGUCGUGUACAUUUUUCGUUGUGCUGUACGCGGUGGGCCUGGUAUUUCCAGAAUGGGCACGUAAGUUCGUCACGCUGCAGUAUAAAUAUCCCGGAACCGUUGACGCAUAUGAUAUUGGGUUCGAUGAUGCGUACGUUGUUGUCACAUGCAUUGUGGUUCUAGUACUGGUGCGUUCGUUUCUCUUAAAAUUCGUGCUAAAACCUAUUGCAUUGAAUCGUUUCAACGUCCGGUCCCAAAAGUCACAGCAACGUUACGCGGAACAAGGCUGGUCUUUGGUGUACUACACAUUCUCCUGGGUGUACGGGUUUUACCUGUACUACAAAUCGCCAUAUUUCCUCAAUUGUGACCACAUAUAUCUGGAAUGGCCCCACGAUUAUCUAUCCGGUACGUUCAAGCUCUACUAUCUACUCCAAAUGGCUUCUUGGAUGCAACAGAUUCUGGUCCUCAAUGCGGAGGAAAAACGGAAAGAUUUCUGGCAAAUGUUUGCUCACCAUAUCAUUACCUGUCUGCUCUCAAUGGGGUCCUAUUAUUACUACUUUACCCGCAUCGGGCACGUAAUUUUGAUUAUCAUGGACGUGGUGGACAUUCUAUUGUCUAGUGCCAAGAUGCUUAAAUAUUGCGGGUUCUCCACGGCCUGUGAUUACAUGUUUGCCGUUUUCUUGGUGUUUUGGGUUCUGCUGAGGCACAUUGCAUACAACUACAUUUUCUAUCAUGCCGGUACGAAAGCUCCAGGCCUCAUGGCCAACGGCCAGUGCGGAUUUUCUGAAAAUCAAAAAAGAUGUUGGACACCGUUUAUUAUCGAUGUGUUCCUGUGGCUGCUUGGAGGUCUGCAGGUAAUUACCAUCAUAUGGAUGUUCUUAAUCGUUAAGGUAUUGAUCAAGAUCAUUAGAGGCGGUUCUGCCGAAGAUGUUCGCAGUGACGAGGAUGAUACCGAUUAA